AUGUUUCAAGUUCAGAUUUUGACUCCAACAAAUUAUCCAGUGUGGGGAAUCAAAGUCAAGUUGAUUAUGGAUGCACACGAUAUAUGUGAUAUGGUUGAAUCAAGGGCGUUCUUUGGAAGAAUCUCUCGGAAUAUGAUUGAUCAGCAAAGGUAUGGAUUUCAAGACAAGAAGGGAAUAGACAAACAACACUGUGUGGACAUUAUGGCGGUGGAAAUUCAAAUCGGGUGGCUUUGGAUAUGGCUGGGGAGAGAUCGUGAAUCCGGGAAAAAUACUAGAUGGUCGGGUGUCCGAGUAAGGUCGAGAAUCACGGUGGUUGUUGCGUUGGUAAAACAGGUUGCUGGAACAAGGUACAACAAGAUUGUAUGUGGUUUGGUGAUGAUGAUAGCAGGUGGCUCUCGGUAUUCAAAUGUUGAACAUGGUGUUGCUUAA